AUGUUCCAGCUUCAGAAGAACAUCAUGACCCUGACAGACGUUGCGAUCUUGAACACCGUUCAAAUGGUGCUGACGAACUUGGCUGCUCCUUUCUGGGGCAUACUCGCAGACAGAGGUACAUUGAAGAGAAAGCAUAUUAUACUUUUGGGUGCUCUUGGAGAAGGCUUAGCAGCUGGUCUCAUGUCCAUGGUGCCCAACUUUUUGGUCAUGGUGAUCUUGCGGGGCAUGAGCGGCUUCUUCCUCGCCUCCCUUAGGCCCGUUGUGAACGGCAUCAUCGCAGACAUGACGUCGGAUGAUCGACGCGGGAAGAUGUUUUCCCUGGUGCAGAGCUCCCUGCUUGUUGGUAUGUGCUGCACCACACUGAUAGCCGGCAACGUGGCCAACAUCAGUUUGGGCGACCUUCCUGGGUGGCGCUUUGUCUUCUUGCUUGCAGGAUGCACUGCUGCAUGCAUCGGCGUGCUGGUGUGUGUGCUUAUGGUGGAGCCGCCCAAACAGCUGGACAAUUCGGCUGACAAGAAGGGCUGCCAGGCCGUGGCAGAGGAGCUGCGCGCGCUGCUGGGCUUCCUCUGCAUCCCCACUUUCUGCAUCAUGGUUGUGCAGGGAAUAUUUGGCACCAUUCCGUGGACGGUUAUGGGCAACAACUUGCUCUUCUUCAAGCUUUCUGGGCUCGAGGACUGGGAAGGAUCCAUCCUGGCAUCCGAGGGCACGGGCCCCAG